GUGGCGCUCUUCAUCCAGGAACAGUGCAGUCAGCUGACAGCCGCACUGCGCAUGUCCUGUUACAUACCCAGUUUUUGUGCAACAUGAGCAAGUGAAUACGGGACCCGAGGGCUCACUUAUCAAGUUGUUUCAUUUAUUGUUCGAUUACUUGCUACAAGGGCUAUGGCUCCCAGUGCCUUAGGGAAACAUCUGGUCGCAUGUCUUCUCAACGUGUCCGAGGCACGCAGGAAAGACUUGGUCGAAACCGUCGCCCGGGCGGCCAUCUUUGAUUGCCAGGGUGUGAGGAGAGAGGGAACCACCGUCUUAAACAUCUUCAACGAUCACGACUAUAACCGAUCUGUCAUCACUAUCGUGGCCACCAUCGACACCAUCAGAGAGUCGGUCCUGUCAGCGUGCGAGCGAGCAUGCGGCCUGAUCGACGUGAGCGCCCACAUCGGCUCACACCCGUGCAUGGGGGCCGUGGACCUGGUGCCCCUCUACCCCCUGGGAGAGGACGUGGGGCUGGAGCGCUGUGCCAAGGAGGCAAGAGCGGUGGCUGAGAGUCUGACGAUGCGGGUCACAGGGACCAGUGUGUUCCUGUUUGGCUGGGCCGACGCGCCCCAGAACCGGGGCCUGGCCCAGAGGCGCAGGGAGAUGGGCUGGUUCAAGAGGAGCGCUGACACGGCUGCUGUCAGACCGGACCUGGGACCCAGCCCUCAGACACGCUACGGAAUCACAGGGGUCGGCAGCAGCCCGUACGUCAUGAACUGCAACGUCACCAUCGACACCCAGGACCUGGCUCUGGGGCGCGCCGUCGCCGCGGCGAUAAGGGAGUCCACCCCUGGUGGGAUCCCCGGGGUGCAGGUCCUGGCCCUGCCUCACGAGGGCGCCGUGGAGAUCGCCUGCAACGUGGAGAGUGUCCGGGGCAGCCCUCCCUGCCCCAGCGGAGCCCAGGGUGACCCCUGGCCCUCCUUCUGCCUGGGGGGCCAGCCGUACUGCCACGCCCCGGCCUCGCUCAUCACCUCCAGGGUGGCAGAGCUGGCUGGCCAGCGUGGGGUGGGCACCAGGGGCACGGCCCUGGUGGGGUUCACCCCCCGAGAGUGCAGGGACCUGGCUGAGACGGCUCUGGCACUGGGUGUCGCUGAAUUCUGGAAAGAACCGCACAGGAUACGCAUGUAACGGUUUGGAAAAUACUUGAAAUGGUUCAGUGUUAUUCCAGCUUGUGGUAUUGGGGUUUGGAGGAUAGACGUUUUGGGCGGAGUUUGUUCUCCUGCUGGUGUGCAUGGUGUGAUUGCCAAAGCUAAUCUUCAUCAUUCAGCUUUAUUAGAUAAGUGGGAUGUGGAUUUUAUGAUUGAGAGUCUCUAGACCGUUAAAUGGAAUAAUGCAGCUGACUUCAUCGACAAGUUAGCAUGAAGAAUGUACAGUAGUUAGAAUUACUUUUCAAAGUAAAUGAAAAUAUAGAAAAAAAGAUGUAACAGUAAUUGUUUACAGUGCCAUGAAGGAGUCUACCUUCAGUAUUAGCAGGAGCCUCCUCUUUAGAAUGAACUGAUAUUAAUGAUAUUUAGAUUUUUUUAAUUUCUGUAUACUUACAUUCGUAAUAACAAUAAAUGUAUUAAA